GAUUUACAAUAAAAAUAAAAUUGUUACAUUUUUUUAUAAAUUAGGUGCUCUGAUGAUUGCUCACACAAUUUGGUGGUCAUUGUUUUAUAUUGAUUUACUCAACAAACAUUUAUUUAAGUUUAUACCAGGUGCUUAAUAAGAUAUGGUCCUGCCUUCAAGAGAUUUAUAUUAUGGUGGGAUAAAAAACAUGUAAAUAAAUAAAUGCAUUCAAAUACCAGUACUAGAGGCAAGUGUGGACACAUAAAGGAGGAAAGAAUGAUUUCUUUUGACUUGAGCUGAGGAGGAAGGAAAGAGAAGAGUUAAUCUUAAAAAUGAAUAGGUGCUGGGCGAGGAAAAUGGUGGACGGGAAGGCGGGAGAGGAGAAGCCUGAAAAGUCGCAGCGAGCUGGAGCUGCCAGAGGACCUGAAGAAGAAGCAGAAAAACCUGUGAAAACUAAGACUGUUUCUUCCAGUAAUGGAGGGGAAAGUUCCAGUCGCAGCGCUGAGAAGAGAUCAGCUGAAGAAGAAGCUGCAGACCUCCCAACAAAGCCUACAAAGAUCUCCAAGUUUGGAUUUGCCAUAGGUAGUCAGAUGACAAAGAAAGCAUCAGCCAUAUCCAUCAAACUUGGAUCAAGUAAGCCUAAAGAAACUAUUCCAACUCUUGCUCCAAAAACUCUUUAAGUAGCAGCGGCUUUUAGUGAAGAUGAAGAUAGUGAACCAGAGGAAAUGCCUCCAGAAGCAAAGAUGAGAAUGAAGAAUAUUGGAAGGGAUACACCAACAUCAGCUGGACCAAACUCCUUCAAUAAAGGAAAGCAUAGGUUUUCUGAUAACCAGAAGCUGUGGGAACGAAAUAUAAAAUCUCAUCUUGGAAAUGUCCAUGACCAAGACAAUUAAAUGAUGUGUUUUGAAAUUGGGGUGUGGGGUGGGUGUAAAGUUAAAAGGAACAGUUUCCUUUUGUAAAGAAUGGCAUAAGACUAUCUUUGGAGCCGCUUGUUUUUCUUUUUCAUUUUUUUUUUUAAGAUUGAGUGGUACACUAAUAAAUGAGAGUUUGAAAUUA